AUGGCUAAUACAAAACAACCAGAAUUAAAAGAACCAGGUCCAUCGGACAAUCAAUUAAUUGAUUACAAAAAAUCAAAUAAAACUGAACAAUUAACAACUGGUUAUGGUCGUCCAAUUGGUGAACGAUCUACGGUUAUAACAGUUGGUCCACGAGGUCCACUAUUACUUUCGGAUUUUCCUUAUAUUGAAGAUACUCAACGAUUUGAUCGUGAACGAAUUCCUGAACGUGUUGUUCAUGCUAAAGGUGGUGGUGCGUUCGGUGUAUUUGAAGCUACCGAUGAUAUAUCAGAUAUUUGCAAAGCCAAGGUACUCAAAAAGGGUACAAAAACACGUGUUUUGGCACGUUUUUCCACCGUCGCUGGUGAAAGUGGUUCAGCUGAUACAGUACGUGAUCCACGUGGUUUUGCAAUUAAAAUGUAUACUGAAGAAGGUAUUUGGGAUUUAGUUGCUAAUAAUACUCCAAUAUUUUUCGUUCGUGAUCCAUUUUUAUUUCAAAUGUUUAUUCAUUCUCAAAAACGUAAUCCUCAAACACAUUUAAAAGAUCCAAAUAUGGUUUGGGAUUUUUUUGCAAGUAAUCCACAAGCAACACAUCAAUUUCUCUUUCUUUAUUCUGAUCGUGGUGUACCUGAUGGAUUUCGUCAUAUGCAUGGUUAUGGUUCACAUACAUUUAAAAUGGUUAAUGAUAAAGAUGAAUUUGUUUGGGUUAAAUUUCAUUUUCGAACUGAUCAAGGUAUUAAAAAUGUUGAACCAGAACGAGCAAAAAUCUUAGCUGGUGAACAACCUGAUUAUGCUCUAGCAGAUCUUUAUAAUGCAAUUGCUAAAAAAGAUAAUCCAAGUUGGACACUUUAUGUUCAAGUUGCAACUCAUGAACAAGUACAAAAAUUCUCAUUCAAUCCAUUUGAUUUAACAAAAGUAUUUUCACAAAAAGAAUUUCCAUUACGUCGUGUUGGUAAAAUGACAUUAAAUGAAAAUCCAGAAAAUUAUUUUACACAAAUCGAACAAGCUGCUUUUUCACCUGCACAUAUGCCACCAGGUAUUGAAGCAUCACCAGAUAAAAUGUUACAAGGUCGUCUUUUUUCAUAUGCUGAUACACAUCUUCACCGUCUUGGAACAAAUUAUCUUCUUAUUCCCGUAAAUAAUCCUGAAACAAAUAAAAAUGUUAAAGUUUGUACGUAUCAACGUGAUGGUGCAAUGCAAGUUGGACAUAAUCAAAAUGGUUGUCCAAAUUAUUAUCGAAAUACAUUUCAUGGACCUGAAGUUACAAAACCUGAAAAACAUCUUGAACAUGCAACAUUUGAAUCAGGUAUGGCUGCAAGACACGAAGCAAAUGAUGAUGAUAAUUUUUCACAACCAAGAGUUUUUUAUCAAAAAGUAUUAGAUGAUCGUGGUCGUGCUCAUUUAAUACAAAAUAUUGUUGAACAUUUACAACAAUGUACAGAUAAAGAUAUAAUAUCUCGUGCAGUUGCUGUUUUAGCAAAUGUUGAUGAUGAUUUUGGUAGACAAUUAGCUACGAGACUUAAUGUUAAUUUACCAAAAAAACAUUAA